UAUGCAUGUGUUGAAGCAUCUCUUAGUAGUAAAGAUCACAAUUAGAGAAAUGUCAGCUGGCGAUUAUAGAGGUGAUAUUGCAAUUGAUGAUAUAUCUUUGACUUGUGGGCUUUGCUCGAAUAUACCACCUCUUCCAAUGAAUCCUGGGCAAUUGAGUUGUAAUUUUGAAACUAGUUUCUGCUCUUGGAGCGUUUCCAAGCAUUUCGACUGUCCUAAAAGUAACUACGAUUGGAAAAGACACUGCAGACCUACUCCAACCAACAAUACGGGACCAAGCAUGGAUUCUUCCAAUGCUAUGGGCUAUUACAUUUACAUGGAAGCUAGCAAUAGUGAAGAAGGCUCAUCAAGCGAAUUGAAAUCUCGUAUCUUUGACCGUGGAGGUAGGAAUUAUUGCCUACAAAUUUCUUAUCAUAUGUAUGGUUCUGAUAACAAGAUUGGAAAACUGGAAAUUUUUUCAACCUAUAGAGGAGUGCUGAAAAAUAAUAUUUUUAAAAAAGAUCAUAACAUUGGAAAUCAAUGGAAUAAACUCUAUAUUCCUCUUAAAUCUAGUGAGGAUGUUGACCAACUUAUUAUUAAAGCGACAUCUGGCGGCAAUGAAAAAUGUGAUAUUGCCUUAGAUGACUUAAUCAUUAGAGAAGGUAGUUGUCCUGGUAUUGAAGAAAAAAAACUCUUAUGCACAUUCCAGAAUGAUUUAUGUGGUUUUAAACUAUUUUGGCAAAAUGCCAACUGGCAAUUUAUUAGAAGUAAUUUAUCCAUUCAGUCAAUUUCACCUUACAAUGGAAGUGGUGCAAAUUUGAAUAUUCAAAUAAGGGACACAAAAAAUGGUCCAAUAUUUUCGCUCAGUUCAUUAAAAACAACAAAUGGCAUUUGGAAGAAACAGGAAAUACAAAUAUCUUCAAAAUCUUAUGAGAUAUUCAUUCAAGCUAUUCAAGGAUACUGGAAUGAAAAUCAUAUUGCUCUCGAUUAUUUCCAAAUCAAUAGUGGAAAAUGUUCCAGGUUCAAUCCAAUUAUUUAUCCAGUGCCAAAGAAAAAUUACGGCUUGCAAAUUGGUGGUAUCACUGUAAAAAAUGACUCAUUUGCGUCUUUCACCUCUCCCAUAUUUUCUUCUUCAUCUGCCAAUAGAUGUCUCUCUUUUAGUUUGAAGGAAUUGGUUGUUCCUGGCCAAUCAAAUGGAGUUUUACCAAAAAUUUUUGUUUAUUUCAGAGAAGAGGGUAUGAAAUCAUUUAGAUUUUCAGAAGAAUUUAUCUUCUCACAAAAAGGAAGUUGCAGUGAAAAUAUUAACUCAACUUAUCUAAGAACUUUAAAGAGUAAUGUUGAACAAUUUCAAAUUGUUGCCCAAGCUUCCAAAAAUCAACAAAUCAGAAUUAUAUCAAUUAGUGAAAUAUUUUUGAAAAGUAGUGUUUGUUACUCGGAUAACGAUUUAAAUAAAAUUGGAUUAAACCCACCAAGAUGUGGUUUAACUUCCGAUACACAAUUUAUUAUUGGUGGAUCAUCUUCAAAUAUUGCAGAUUUUCCAUGGCAGGCAACAGUUGCAUUCAAGAGACAUGGUACAGUUUGGCUUUGUGGCGGAACAUUGAUCCAUGAAAGAUUCGUUCUAACUGAUGCUGAUUGCAUUGAUCCGAAGGAUAGUCCAUUUACAGUAUAUUUGGGAUCAAACCGGCUUCUCCAAGGUACUAGAUACACUUCAAAAACUGUUUUUGUCCAUUCAAGCAAUAAUGAUAAAUAUAAAUUUGGUAUUGUGCCGGUAAAAUUGGACAGAAAGGUUACACUUUCAAAUUACAUAAAUAUAGCCUGUUUAAGGAGGCAUCCACUAAAUGGAAAUGAAAAUUACACUUGCAUUGCAACUGGUUUUGGUUCAAGUAAUCCAAACACUCCAACAUUAGCAAGUCAAUCAUUGUUAAAAGCUCAACUUUAUCUAAAAAAUGAAACGUUUUGUUCAGCAGCUUUAAAGACUAUGAAUAAAAAUAUUAAUCUAACAUAUCCACAAAUGAUUUGUCUGUGGAAUAAUAAUUACAAACAAACCUGUAAUGGUGAUGGAGGUAGUCCACUAUCUUGUAAAAUUGGUAAUAGAUGGGUAGUUCCAGGAGUUGUUUCCACAGUUCUAGAGCCUUGUAAUAAUAAAUUAUCGUUAUAUACGCAAGCCUUAUACUACUUUGAUUGGAUUGCUAUGAUUAUCUCACAAAAUACUUGCUAAGGAAUUAACCAGAAAAUUGAAUUCAAACACUCUAAACAACAACCUUUCUACUCUAAUUUUUCGUACUCUAAUACACCUAUUGAUUGAAAAGAUAAAACAAUUUUUUGGAUUGUUGUCAGUCAAAGUAGUUCCAAUAAAAUGAGGAUGGUUUUCUCCUCAGAAAUUCCCUGAUGUCUUUUUUUUAGGUCGUCUAAAUUAUCAUAGUCAACUCCUCUGUUAUGAUCUUUUAGUCAUCCAAAUGAGUAAUAGUCAGAUGAAGCCAAAUUAGUAUGGGGGAUGGGGGACAUAUAAACCAUCACUGAUUCUUAAUAAAAUCUGUCGUGUAUAGACUUGAAUGGGGUUUGGCAUUAUUGUGUUGUAAAAUGAUCUGUUUUACAGGCCUUAUCCUAUGUUUUCUCCUCCUUAAUCUCUUUAGGGUCUCCAUGUACUGUAUGGAGUUGACUGUUCUGCCAUAAUUCACGAGUUCAUUAUAGAUUAAGCCUGAACAAUCCUAGAAAACAGAACACAUCAGUUUCUCUGCUGAUUUGGACAUUUUUAGCUUUUUUUCAGGUGGAGACAAGGUGUGUUUAUAUGUCAAAGAAGCCAUCUUUGAUUCAGGAUCAAACCCAAGAUUCAUCUCCA